AUGUCGACGGUAUUAGCUAGAGAAGACAUUGAUGAAGCAGUACAUGCAAUAUUAUUUAGAGAAAAUUCUGUUGUGAAGGUUGCAGUCCCGCCAUUUUUUGAUCCUCUGUUUCAAAGACAGCAAGAGGUGGACGAAGAGAAGAGAACUGGUCUUCAGUGUGAGACAGGAAAAGACCAUUCCAUAAAAGAACUUAAAGAAAUAGAGAAGGCCAGGCCACGUGCCAGCCCGCUCCGCUUCACUUUCACUUCACACAGUGUAAUUCUGAAGGAGCGGCAGAAAGCCUCUGCAAGAGUCAGGAGUAAAACUUGUGGUAAAUGCAGUCCUGAAAAGCUCAUCUGUACAGAAAAGAAACACAAAAGAACAGAGAAAAAGACAACCGACCUAAGUCAGGCUGCGUUUGAAAAGCAGUUCCUUUCCUCAAAGCUCAGCCAGAAGAACAAAGUGGAUGAAAGGAAGGGCCUGGUUUUAGGAACCAGACAGCAGAGACCCCACUCCUGGGCUGCUGGGGACAGCCAACAGCACAGGGGUCCCCAGCCUGUGGGAAGAAGAGUGAUGACAGCUGAAGUCCUGGGGCAGCACCUGGCCUCCCUGCAGAAGGCGGCCAGGUCGGGCCACCCUUGGUACUGAAGCUAAGUGGACUUGACUUGGCAGUGUCUGUACCACAGUUAAAAUACUCUAAACACACUUUCUCCAGAAGUGGAAAUAAAUGGCAAGGAAUAUUCGAAUCA